CUGAGUGGCAAAAUUCUAUGCGAAGCAAGGUUAUCCACACUCUUCCGUGACCUGCUCAUUACACCGCGCUUCAAGAUGAGCCAGAGAUACAAGGUGUACGUGACACGCCGAAUCCCCGACCCAGGGACGAAGCUGUUGGGCACCUGCUGUGACGUUACUUUUUGGGACAGUGAUGACGUGAUUCCACGAAAAGAGCUUUUGAAGAACGUGAAAGGAGUGGACGCAAUCUUGUGCAUGCUGACGGAUAAAAUUAACGAUGAAGUUUUGGAACAUGCAGGUCCAAAAUUACAAGUGGUGUCCACAAUGUCUGUUGGGUAUGAGCACAUAGACCUCAAGGCUUGCCAGGACAAGGGGAUAGCGGUGACCAAUACCCCUAAUGUGUCCUCGGACAGCGUGGCGGAACUGACUGUAGCGUUAGUCCUUCUCACGGCUAGACGACUUUUAGAAGGUGCGUACGCAGUGAAGAAUGGGAAUUGGGGAAAGUGGCGGCCUAUGUGGUUAUGUGGCGUGGAGAUGAAGAAGAGAACCCUGGGGAUAAUGGGUCUGGGGCGUAUAGGUUAUGGGGUGGCCAAGAGAAUGAGACCGUUUGGUGUGGGACGAAUUGUUUAUCACGAUGUUCAGAAACUGAGCUACGACUCGGACUUUGGAGGAGAGUAUGUGGAAUUUGAAGAUUUAGCUAAAGAAUCGGACAUUUUGUGUAUUUGUUGCAAUCUAAAUCCUCAAACGAAGCAUUUAUUUAACAAAGAUACGUUUCAAAUAAUGAAAAACUCCGCUAUUCUUAUCAAUACAGGAAGAGGCGGAGUUAUUAACCAUGUUGAUCUUUUUGACGCUCUCACUUCCAACCAAAUUGCAGCAGCGGGACUUGACGUCACGGAUCCAGAACCCCUUCCGGUUGAUCACCCGUUACUCACACUAAAUAACUGUGUCAUUCUUCCGCACAUGGGAAGUAAUACGUGGGAGUCGAGAAACCGGAUGGCAGAAAUUGCGGCAGAAAAUGUCAUAACUGUACUGAACAACGGCCACCCUAAAGGGGAAGUGCUUAGAAGAGUUGUAUUUUAGCUAAAUAAGUAACUUGGUUAAUUAAACAAAUGAACAUUACA